AUGCGCCCAAUCCCAAGGUUGGCAUUUCGCCCAUACGUUUGCCCAUCUUGCCGAAAUGGCAUUGGUGCUAGUCGACGAAAAUUCGGCACACAACAAGCUCAAUCUCCCGAUAUCUACGAUGUAGUCUGUGUCGGAGGUGGACCGGCCGGUCUGGGGCUGCUUGCUGCACUAAGGGCCUCGCCUGUCACAUCAAAGCUGAAGGUCGCCCUCGUCGAAAGCCAGGACCUCAGCAAAGCACGUGGGUGGAACCUCGACUCCAGCAAGUUCUCCAACCGAGUCAGCAGCUUGACCCCAUCGUCUGUUGCCUUUCUGCAGAAUAUUGGUGCAUGGGAGCACCUAGACACGGAUAGAGUGCAGAAUUAUCAGGAGAUGCAGGUGUGGGAUGGAGAGACUGGUUCGCGAAUAUCCUUUGAUAGGUCUUCGGAGACACCUGCGUUUGAGGAUUUGCAGACCGUUGCUACCAUGACCGAGAACGCUAACCUUGUGCGGGGUCUGCUGAGCCGCAUUGAAGCGUCAGGGGAUGAGAACCUGACCCUAUUUUCUAAUCAUACUGUUGCAUCAAUCGAAAAUGGAUCCGAUCUCCAGGAAGGACCUGAUCUGUCAGCUUGGCCUAUUCUUUCUGUGAAGCCGACAGGGCCCGGCGCCGAGACAAUCGCACCGUCCCGGAUUGCUGCCCGGCUUCUUGUUGGCGCAGAUGGGAUCAACAGUCCUGUGCGCUCGUUCGCCGACAUCCCUACCCAGGGUUGGGACUACAACCGCCAUGGCAUUGUGGCAACACUCGCACUCGAAGACCUUGAUUUUUCAAAAUUCAGCGCAAACACUCAUACAGCCUACCAGCGCUUCUUACCCGCACUCGGUGGACCCAUCGCUUUACUCCCGCUUCCUAACAACCAUGCAACCCUAGUAUGGUCUACACGCCCUGAGCACGCCGCAUACCUGAAAUCUCUUCCCACGCCGGCUUUCAUUGCCAUGGUCAACGCGGCCUUCACUCUCUCUAUGACAGACCUCUCCUAUAUGAUGGGCAUUUCAAACUCGUCUGAAUCGACAUCGCACGAAGACGAGCUCAACUGGCGCCUCCAGCAUACUCCGCAACCAUCUCACAUCCCACCCAAAGCCAUUGGAGUGCAAGAAGGAACUGUUGCCUCGUUCCCACUUCGCUUCCGCCACGCAGCCCAGUACAUAUCUCCUCGUGUUGCCCUCGUCGGUGACGCAGCUCACGUCAUUCACCCGCUUGCUGGCCAAGGCCUGAAUCUCGGGUUGGCAGAUGUUGCCGCUUUGUCGCGCACUAUCGAGUAUGCCGUGAGUCAUGGCAUGGACAUUGGCGAUAUCCUUACGCUAGAGCGAUACUCGUCUGAGCGGUAUUUGCCAAAUGCCAAGAUUGGCGGUGCCUGCGAUUUGCUGCAUAAAUUGUACUCCGUUCCCGGACAAGGACCUAUUACUUGGGCCCGCAGUCUAGGCCUAGAGGUUAUUGAUCGGUUGCCAUUUGUUAAGUCCUUCUUGAUGAAGAAUGCAGAGGGGUACUGA